AUGGGUUGCUUUCGGCAAAGCAGAGACGACGAAGAUGACAAACUGAGAAAAGAAGCUAACAAACGGAUAGAAAGACAGCUCGCCAAAGACAAAUUGUUGUACAGGGGAACGCAUAGGUUGUUGUUAUUAGGUGCUGGGGAAUCAGGAAAGUCAACGAUUGUGAAACAGAUGAGGAUUCUACACGUGAAUGGAUUCGGUCCAGAAGAGAGGAAGCAAAAAAUUGAAGACAUUAAGAAAAAUUUACGGGAUGCUAUUCUGACAAUAACAGGUGCUAUGAGCACAUUGAACCCACCUGUAGCGUUGGAACACCCGAGCAAUAAAGCCAAGGUGGAUUAUAUUCAGGACAAAGCCAGUCAACAAGACUUUGAUUAUCCUCCAAUAUUCUAUGAGUACACAGAGAUUUUGUGGAAGGAUAAAGGAGUACAAACUGCAUUUGAACGGUCAAAUGAGUACCAGCUUAUUGACUGUGCUCAAUA